AUGAACAAGGUCCCAAUUCGGGUCGAUGGCAGGUUUAGGUUGGGAGACAUCUUAGGAUCUGGCUCGUAUGGCAUUGUGUAUCGUGCACGGAACAUUAUAAAUGAUGAUGACCUUGCCAUCAAACCUGAGCCUCUCAUCAACAAUGCAUCCUCUUUAGAGCAUGAAUAUCGUAUUUUGAAACAUCUUGAAGGAGGAGCUGGGAUUCCGCGCGCUGUGUGGUUCGGUAGAGAGGCAACAUUUCAUGCUCUAGUUCUCGAUCUCCUCGGGCCAUCACUGCAUGACCUUUUUAUCACGCACAAUCGAAAAUUCAGCCUUCAUACUGUCCUGAAUUUCGGAGACCAACUACUCUCAUCUCUAGAGCACAUUCACUCACACAACUACAUUCACAGCGAUAUAAAACCGCAAAAUGUCCUUGUUGGUCGUGGAGACUUAGAGCAAACCAUUUUUAUGGUCGAUUUUGGUGUCACGAAAGAGUACUGGAACACUACCGCCCAAGCCCAUAUGCCAUUUUGCCAUGGUGGACAUCUUACUGGCACUCCCGCAUUCGCUUCGAUCAAUAACCACCUAGGAGUUGUGCCUGGUCGUCGUGACGAUCUCAAAUCACUUAUAUACAUGUUGAUUUACUUCUUGCACGGCUCCCUUCCAUGGUUCACUAGUGACCAUGAGAAGCUUCCCACUUCUUCUAUACUGGCACGCAAGGUGGACACCACCAUUGAAGAUUUAUGUCUUGGAAUUCCUCCUGAGAUCACCACUAUGCUGAUUUAUUUGUGCAAUCUCGCAUUCUCCGAGGAUCCCGACUACGAUUAUCUUAGAUCAUUGCUCCACAAUUCAGUCCGAUCAUUUCAUUACACAUCCUCCUCCAUCCCCGAAAGAGCACUCAGUGGCCAAGGAGGUGCCUCUGUGUCAACCAAAGACAACGCCUCUUUGCAGAUCAACUCGUCGUGUAUAUGCCCUCUGCCACCUUGCACGGCAACGACACAAUACCUGGACCUUUAG